AUGACUCAGUGCCAGACUAAUUGCAUUGAGAAACAUCUCUGCAGUGCUUUUCGUAAACUUGGAUAUUUCGUGAGUAAAAAUGCCUGGUGGUUCUUCACAAUUCCUCUGAUCCUUUCAGCAGGUCUGGGUUCAGGUUUUUAUUUUUUAUCCAAAAAUGAAGCCAAUGACAUCGAAGAGCAAUUUACACCCAUUAAUGGACCAGCAAAAUCUGAGAGAGAGUUUAUUAAAAAACAUUUUCCAACCAAUGAACUUAAAUUCUCGGGACAGAGGCUUUACACAGAGGGGUCAUAUGCUUCUUUGAUUGCUGUUUCGAAAGAUGACAACAUCCUUACAAAUAUUGCCUUUCAAGAGAUUGUAUCACUCGAUGAAAAAGUUAAGCAGUUUAGCCUCGCUUAUACCCGGGAUGUCACUGUCAACUAUUCUUCUCUUUGCGUACGGACAGCAGGCUCUUGCUUUUCAAAUGGAAUUUUAAAUUUUAUAUAUCACAGUUUGGUAACCAGAACUAAAAUUAAAUAUCCUAUAAUGAACGAAACUUUUAUUGGUUUAGCUGUCGGAGGUGUAAAACUAAAUCAAAGUUACAUUACAAAAGCAAAGGCGAUUAGACUUGAUUAUUAUUUACAAGAAGGUAAUGAUGAAAUAAAAAAGCGCAGCUUGCUGUGGCUCAAGAAAUUCCUUCAAAUUUUUCCAAAUGAAUCGAAGAAUCAGGAGAGCAUUACGGUCUCUUAUUUCACAUCACUAUCAAGGCAAGAAGAAUUUGAAGAAAAUUCUAAAAGAAUUAUUCCUUUGUUCUCUAUUACAUAUUUUCUUUCAAUAUCCUUCUCCAUCACGUCUUGUUUCAGGUUUGACUGUGUGAGAAACAAGGUCUGGGUUGCUGCUCUGGGAGUUAUAUCAGCUGGAUUAGCUGUGCUGUCAGGAUUCGGGCUGCUGUUGUUCUGUGGGAUGAAAUUUGCCAUCAAUUCUGCUAAUGCACCUUUUCUGAUUCUAGGUAUUGGUGUAGAUGAUAUGUUCAUUAUGCUCGCCAGCUGGCAAAAGACAAAUGUUAAAGGUGAAGUUGAAGAUCGCCUGGCAGAGACUUACGCUGAAGCAGCUGUUUCCAUUACAAUCACCACUGUGACUGACGUUUUAGCUUUUUAUAUUGGCAUUUGGACACCUUUUCGAUCUGUGCAGUCAUUUUGUGUUUACACAGGUACAACUGUUCUGUUCUGCUUCAUUUACAACAUUACAUUUUUUGGAGCUGUUCUCGCACUGAACGGGAAGAGAGAAGCCAGUAACAGACAUUGGCUGACGUUCAGAAAGGUUAAAAGUGAUCAUGAGCCAGGAGAAUCUAAAUGCUAUACAAUGUGUUGUGUAGGUGGGGCUUACGAUGAAGGAACAGGUGCAGAAUCAGAACAUCCAGUUUGCCUCUUCUUUAAGAAAUAUUAUGGUCCAUUCCUUACAAACCGGUGGACGAAGGCAAUUGUGGUUCUUCUGUAUGUUGGAUAUUUGACUGGCAGUAUUUAUGGCUGUUUAAACAUCGAAGAAGGAAUCGAUCUCAGAAAUCUGGCAUUUGAUGAUUCAUAUGUCAUUAAAUUCUAUGAUGAUCAAAGUGAUUUUUUCUCCAAGUAUGGACCACGAAUCAUGGUUUCUGUCACUGAAUCUGUGGAAUAUUGGAAUUCCACCAUUCAGGAUGAAAUUGAAAUCUGUCUGGAUAGAUUAGAAAGCAAUUCAUAUGUAGAUCGUAAUCUGUCGGAAUCCUGGCUUCGAGCGUAUGUUGAUAUUUCUAAACGUAAGCAGAUAGAUAUAAAGGAGAAAAAUACAUUCUUAGAAAACUUAUCUAAAUUCUUGCAAUCUGUUCCUUUAUUUAAACAAGACAUUGAAUGUUCAGAAAGUAACCAAACGAUUAUAGCCUCACGUUUUUUCAUUCAGACCAUUAAUGUCAAUAAUUCAGUUGCUGAGAAAAACUUGCUGAUUGAAUUAAGAAAGCUGGCACGGGAAUGUAAAAUCCCUUUGCUAGUGUAUCAUCCUGCAUUCAUCUAUUUUGAUCAAUAUCUUGUUAUUGUAUCCAACACAAUACAGAAUGUAGCUGUGGCUGCUGGUGCAAUGCUAUUUGUUUCCUUAUUAUUAAUACCUAAUCCAAUCUGCUCUCUGUGGGUAACAUUUGCUACUGCAUCAGUUUUAGUGGGUGUGGCUGGUUUCAUGACUUUUUGGAAUGUCAAUUUAGAUUCUAUAUCUAUGAUUAAUCUGGUUGUUUGUAUUGGUUUCUCUGUGGACUUUUCGGCUCAUAUUUCAUACGCAUUUGUUUCAAGUACCAAAGAAAGUGCCAAUGAACGAAGCAUUGAUGCAUUGUACACUCUCGGGUAUCCUAUCAUCCAGGGGGCUGUUUCAACUAUACUGGGUGUGGUUGUGUUGGCCGCUGCUGAAAGCUACAUAUUCAGGACAUUUUUUAAAAUCAUGUUUCUUGUCAUAACUUUUGGGGCAGCUCAUGGUCUCAUAUUUCUGCCUUUGUUUCUGACAUUUUGUGCAAAGUGCAGAAAGUCAAGCAGUGUAAAAUCAGGCAUGGCAACAAAAUUACCAGAAAAGAAUAACUAUGUCAAUGGACCAUCCAACGAAAAUUUUAAAAGCAACCCAAAUGCAAUUAGAGGAAGGUCAUCAACAUCCAAGGGCCAGGUUGCAGCCAAGAAGGAGCCCAAAAACUUCAUCUCUGGGGACGAAGCAGCCAGUGUCACAGAGGAUGCAUCAUCAUCUGCCUCGUCAUCCACCCCCACCAUCACAAUUACACCCACAUGCUCCAUGUAG